UGAAUUCUAUCUCAAAAUAAUAAUAGUAAUUUAAACCACAUUUAAUUACCACUAGAAUCCCUAAGUGACUUUCUUCCUGUUCAGGGAAUUAAACUUACUUGGAUGUAAAAAUGCUGAUAUGUUUACCUUAUACCUCACACUUUAUUACAAAGUUUUUGUUGGGGAAAAUGAUAGAUAAAUGGGUAGAUGAAUGAAUGUAUAUAUGCACUCUCAAUGUGUAUUGCCCAUGAAGUAUAUUUUACGUUUGAAAAUACUUUUAAUCUAUUUUUUAAAAAAUAAGGCUCAACAUUUGCCUAUAUAGUUUUUAAUAAACUAUGCUAAUAGUAGAUGUAACUGUUUUUUAAAAGCAGAAAAAUGCAUUGUCAAAAUAAAAAUGAGUAACGGAAUGGUCGAUAAGUUCAAGGCGCAGAAAAAUAUCAUUUGAAAGUGUCAUUUAAGAAGGUCUACAAACUAAAGGAAAUCAGUGUAAUUUAUGUAAAAAAUACGUAUUCAGUAAAAAUUGUGGUGUCCAUGGACUUGCUAAGUAUUUUUAUUAUGUGGAAAAUAUAUAGAAUUCUCUACCUCAUUUAAAACCUCAUAUACUGGAAGGUAAAAACGUGAAUAUGUAUCUAUGUCUAAAUAUAUAAUAGCAUUAUCAGGAUUUUACAUAUGACGCAUUUUUAUUGUAACACAUGUUGCACGUUUAUUGUGGCUAGUUCUUUCUACCUUUGCUAUUUAAACUCUUAGUAUUUCUGAAGAAAUUGAACUCACAGCAGUCUAUAACAUACAGAGUACAGAUAAUGGGAAAUAGCUUUUAAUGAAAUUCAAUACCAAUGUUAAGCAGUUUUAGCGAAUUAGGACUGAAUUGAAUAUUAUCUAGUAGUAUACUUAUGAAGAUUUUCAAUUCUUUGCUUAAUUUCUCCUGUAGAAUAGUCUUACAGAGAAUCAUUGCAUUAAAGGAACUGCUUUUGAUAAAUAUUAAUCUGUUUACGUGUUAGUAACAUCAGAGAUAUGUGGGCAGUAAACAAAUGACUGCUACUUCACAGAAACUUGUCAUUAUUGUCUAAGCUUUUAUUUUGAAGCUCAAAUUGUUAUAAGUACUUAACACUAUAGAUUCUAAGGGAUAGAGAAUGGAAGGGACCAGGCAUUGAAUUCUGUUUCUGUGACAAACAAAAUCUUGUACCCGGAGAGCUGUUGUUGUUUUUUUUUUUUUUUAAACUAUUUAUCUCUUCAUGAAAAAUGGUGACUGUCAUUGAAAGAUCUUUUUUAUUCUGUCACAGGCUUUUCAAAGGGCACACAAAAUGAAAACGUGGGAUUCAACUAGUUAAUGAAUCAAUUUUGAGGUUUUAGCAUAGGUGACACCUCCAUGGUCGUCUUUUUGGACUGUGAUUUCUGGUAAUAGCAAGUGAAAAAAAAAAAAGAACUAUUACUGCUGUUGCUAUGGAUCUUCUAUCUGCUGAGGUUCAGGCAUCGUUUUUUGGAGGCUGCGGUGUAAACUCUGCUUAGGGAAGGUAGAAUUUCAUAAUAACAGAGGAUUACUGCUGCCUCAUGAGCAAACAGAAAAUGUAGGUGAGGGAAAAGGUGGUGGACUCUGGAAGAACAGAAAAACAGUAUUUCCAAGGAAGGGGAAAAGUAAUUCUUUGCUUUAAAGAUUCAGAAUUCUUUCUGUAUUUGUUUAGAAUGGGAAAUUUCUCUACUUUCUGCAGAGAUGAGAAAAAACUAACAGAAAAGGAAAUUGGGGAGAAUAACAUAGCUGAUCCAGAAGAACUGUUCACAAAAUUAGAGCGCAUUGGGAAAGGCUCAUUUGGAGAAGUUUUCAAAGGAAUUGAUAACCGUACUCAGCAAGUGGUUGCUAUUAAAAUCAUAGACCUUGAGGAAGCCGAAGAUGAAAUAGAAGACAUUCAACAAGAAAUAACUGUUUUGAGUCAGUGUGACAGCUCAUAUGUAACAAAAUACUAUGGGUCAUAUUUAAAGGGGUCUAAAUUAUGGAUAAUAAUGGAAUACCUGGGUGGCGGUUCAGCACUGGAUCUUCUUCGAGCUGGUCCAUUUGAUGAGUUCCAGAUUGCUACCAUGCUAAAGGAAAUUUUAAAAGGUCUGGACUAUCUGCAUUCAGAAAAGAAAAUUCACCGAGACAUAAAAGCUGCCAAUGUCUUGCUCUCAGAACAAGGAGAUGUUAAACUUGCUGAUUUUGGAGUUGCUGGCCAGCUGACAGAUACACAGAUUAAAAGAAAUACCUUUGUGGGAACUCCAUUUUGGAUGGCUCCUGAAGUUAUUCAACAGUCAGCUUAUGACUCAAAAGCUGACAUUUGGUCAUUGGGAAUUACUGCUAUUGAACUAGCCAAGGGAGAGCCACCUAACUCCGAUAUGCAUCCAAUGAGAGUUCUGUUUCUUAUUCCCAAAAACAAUCCUCCAACUCUUGUUGGAGAAUUUACUAAGUCUUUUAAGGAAUUUGUUGAUGCUUGCCUGAACAAAGAUCCAUCAUUUCGUCCUACAGCAAAAGAACUUCUGAAACACAAAUUCAUUGUAAAAAAUUCAAAGAAGACUUCUUAUCUGACUGAACUGAUAGAUCGAUUUAAGAGAUGGAAGGCAGAAGGACACAGUGAUGAUGAAUCUGAUUCUGAGGGCUCUGAUUCGGAAUCUACCAGCAGGGAAAACAAUACUCAUCCUGAAUGGAGCUUUACCACCGUACGAAAGAAGCCUGAUCCAAAGAAAGUACAGAAUGGAGCAGAGCAAGAUCUUGUGCAAACCCUGAGCUGUUUGUCUAUGAUAAUCACACCUGCAUUUGCCGAACUUAAACAGCAGGACGAGAAUAACGCUAGCAGGAAUCAGGCGAUUGAAGAACUCGAGAAAAGUAUUGCUGUGGCUGAAGCCGCCUGUCCUGGCAUCACAGAUAAAAUGGUGAAGAAACUAAUCGAAAAAUUUCAAAAGUGUUCAGCAGGCGAAUCCCCCUAAGAAACUUAUUAUUGAUGUCUGUUUCAUACAGUACCAGAGAGACCCACCAAAACUCCUUCAAGCUUAACAGUGUUUAACUUAUGAGCUCUGUGUGCCUUUUGGAUCUUUGCAACACUGAAGAUUUAGAAGAAGCUAUUCAACUAUUUUGCGAUGGUGUUUAUCAUUUUAUAUUUUGAAAGGAUUAUUUUGUAAGGAAUAACUUUUAAUACUAUAGUUUCACCUGUAUUCUAGUAAAUGUUGAGACACCGUUUUGCUUUAAGUAUCACUAUUUCUUAAGUUACUAGGAUGAAUACCUUUCCUGUUUUGACCUUUAGUUAACUCUACACUCCUGAAACAUACAGGUCUUUCAAAGUCAUUCUAAAUAUUCAACUUUUGUAAAUUAUCAAGCUUCAGGAAGUUUAUUCGAAAAAAAGCCAUGCAUAUUCUAAAAAUGACUAUUGGUGGGGAGGUAUAAAUAAGUCAUACCUUCUUAAAACAAAGUUUUAAUAAAGUUUUAGAAAUUAAACCUGUAAAAGUAUCUUCUUAAAACAAGUUUUUAAUAACAUCUUAGAAAUGAAAUCUAUAAAAGUCUUGACUCUUCUACCAAGUUGGCAUGAUAUUCCAAAGCUCAAUGAUAAUCAUAUUUGAGACCGUGUGUUUGAAGCAUUUACAGGCAAUGUGCAGCAACAGUGGUACCUCUUGGUGUGUAGCAUUUACAUUCUCUUUUAGGUAGAAGAGGCAAUUUUAACCCUUAUUUAACAUGGUUAGAAAUAUAAAGCAAACUCAUUUAGCCAAGGAUAGGUUUGGUAAUGUUGGAGGAGUUGGUCUGGCUUCAGGUUUUACAUCUUCAACUAAUAUUCCAUACUGUCUACUUGGAUUAGAAGAGCCUAAAAAUAAAGCUGAUUGUCAUGUGAUUAAAUACCUGAUCAACAGGUAUGAAUAUAACUUAUACCAGCAUAUUUUUGCCAUGAUAGCGAAUUGUCCUAUAAACUAUUUAUAUAUUUUUGUUCUUCAUAAUUAUCAGUAAUAAGCAUAAGUUUGUUGUUUUUAAAAGGAUAUUUAAGUGGGCAUUUUCUAGUUCAUAUGAAAAUAACCGUAGUACAGGAUGAUUUCUGUCCACACAAAGGCAAGUUAGAUUGCACAGUUAAUUUUCGCUUGUAUUUAUGGUACUAUUAAGUGGGUGAUGACUUUUUCUUUUAAACCCAGUACAUAUAUUAUGCCUGCCUAAGUUCUGAACUGGGGCUACAUUUCAGUAGUUGUAGAAUUAUUGAUAUUAAUUAGUUUUGAUAGUUAAUGUUUUGUUGUUUGGAUCUGCACAAUUUGGUUUUUGCACAAAAGUCAUUUUUUAAAAAAUCCGACUAAUUGACAAAUAUUAGAAGAAAGAUAUUCCUCCUGUAAGGUAUAGUUUUUUGUCAAAGUGGCCAUUACAUCCUCUUUUUACAUAAUAUAGAUACUUGAGAAAGUUGUGGUGUUAUGUGCCAAGAAAAUUCUUUUCAUUAGUACCUAUACUGUAACAAUUGCUUUUAAUGCAUUGUAUUUUGAAGUAAUGGUUCAGUUAAAAAUUUCACCUGCUGUGUAACUGAAACACAAUUAUAGAUUAUAAUCUGUAGAAGUCUGGAAAUAAUUUUGCAACUCAUGUCAUGGGUUAAAUGAAUAUUUUUGUAAAAGUUAAAGCAACAAAUUUAUAAAUUGAUUAUUUGAAACUUUACAACACAAUUGCAUCCCAAAUACAAAUUGUAUUGCUUAUUCAUUAUAGCUUUUAGUCCUGUAAACUGUUUCUAGGUGAAGCAUACUCCAGUGUUUUGGGGGUUUUAAAAAUAAAUAUUUAAAUUUCACAGUC